CUCACAGUGUAGAUAUGUCUGCUGCCAGCUGUCUGCUGACUGAAGAUCAGUUUCUGUGCUCCAUCUGUCUGGAUGUGUUCACUGAUCCAGUCAGCACACCAUGUGGACACAACUUCUGUAAAACCUGCAUCACUGAACACUGGAAUAUUAAUUUCCCGUGUCAGUGUCCCAACUGUAAAAAUGUUUUCUCCACAAAACCUGAGCUGCGGGUCAAUACUUUCAUCUCUGAGAUGGCUGCUCAGUUCAGACAGUCAGCUCAACAGAAAGCCAGCAGCAGCAGCUCAGAGCAACAAGUUUCCAAACCAGGAGAAGUUCCCUGUGACGUCUGCACUGGAACCAAACUGAAGGCCCUGAAGUCCUGCCUGGUGUGUCUGGUCUCCUACUGUGAGACUCACCUAGAGCUUCAUCUGACAACAUCAGGUCUGAAGAAACAUCAGCUGAUCGACCCUGUGGAGAACCUGGAAGGCAGGAUGUGUACGAAGCACGAUAAACAGCUGGAGCUGUUCUGUAAGACC